AUGAAACCAAACAAGAUUCUCCCACUCCUGGCUACGCUCCCAGUAGCCACCUGCCUUAACGCGACCUCCCUGACAUCCGAGUACUUCGGAAAUGACGCCCCCUGGUACAGCUCACGCAUCCCGCUGUUCGAAACCAGCAACGAAGCCCUCCAAGAAGUCUACUACUACAGAUGGUCUCUGUUCCGCGCACACCAGCGCGACCUAGGCUCCCUCGGCUUCCUGUCAACCGAAUUCAUUAACGACGUCAGCUGGCAAAUCAACCCCUGGGCAAUCCUCAUCAACGCCGCAAACUACCAUCUCCGCGAGGGGCGGUGGUGCCGCGACCGCCGAUUCAAAGAGGACUACGCAGACGUGCUCUUCGGGCCCAAUACAGACCCGCGCCAGUUCUCCGAGGUAAUGGCCGACGGGGUCUGGCAGGGGUAUCUCGUUGAUGGCGUCCAGGGGGAUGCAGUCGCGAGACUUGAGGCCAUGAAGACCGUGUAUGAGGGCUGGAACGCGACGCUCGACAUCGGCGGGUUCGAUACCGACAAGGGACUGUAUUAUGUCCAGCCACUGACAGAUGCUACCGAGUACACGAUUGCCAGUAUCGACGCGAGCGGCGGGUAUGAUGGGUUCGGGGGUGGGAAUGCAUUCAGACCGAGUAUCAACAGCUACCAGUACGCGAACGCACUCGCGAUCUCGAAUCUUGCAUCUCUAAGCGGGGAUCAAGACACCGCAGAUGAAUAUUCCAGCAAAGCGACCGAGAUCAAGAGUCUCGUGCAGGAAUAUCUCUGGAACAACGACUUCGCGCAUUUCAUCGACCGCUUCCAAGUCGAUAACGAGAACGUCACCUACUGGGACCCGAUCCGCGGGCGUGAACUGGUCGGGUAUGUCCCCUGGACGCACGAUCUACCUGAUGACGAGGAGACCUACGCGCAGGCGUGGACACACUUGAUCGAUUCCGAGAAAUUGGCCGGCGAGAAGGGUCUGCGGACAAACGAGCCCAGUUACGAGUACUACAUGCGCCAGUAUCGAUAUGAAGGCGAGAACCCAGAGUGUCAAUGGAAUGGGCCUGCGUGGCCGUACCAGACGACGCAGGCCCUUACGGCUCUGGCGAAUUUACUGGAUCAUUACCCUGUGUCGGCGGGUGCUGGUGUAAUCAGCAAAAAGGAUUACAAUAGUAUCCUGGUGCAAUACGCGAACCUGCACUAUAACCCGAACUACGACGGGAAACUGAACCUCGAGGAAGAUUAUUACGCGGACACAGGCGCCCCGAUUGUCGGACUCGCCAGGUCGCCGCAUUACUUCCACUCCGGGUUCAUUGACCAGGUUAUCUCUGGCUUUGUGGGUAUUCGGCCGAGCGCGGAAGAUAUUCUCGAAGUGAACCCGCUCGCAGACCCGGAGAGUGUGUCGUUCUUCCGGCUUGAGAAUGUUUUGUACCACGGUCAUGACGUCGCAGUGCAAUGGGACGCAGAUGGAAGUCGGUAUGGAUCCGCCGGACUGCAGGUUGAAGUCGAUGGCGAGGUCGUUGAGACGGCUGAUACACUCUCAAGAGUGACUGUUGAUAUCUCCCGCGUUGACCCGCCAGCCAUAAAACGGCCCAUCGCAAAGUCUAUCCAGCUGGGUGUUGAUACGGAGUAUCCUGUGGGUAGUGUGUCUGUUUCCGAUGUCGACUCGGCGGAUAUCCAUGCGGUGAUUGAUGGCAGGGUAUGGUUUUAUCCUGAGAUCGCGAACUGGUGGGAUACGCCGGCUGGUAGUGGAGAAGAGAUCUGGUAUCAGGUUUAUUUUGGGAGUGAAGUUGAAGUGACGAGGGCGGAGAUUGCCUUUGCGAAGGACGAAGAUGCAGCCGUUGAUGCGCCUGGUGAAUAUCGAGUGCAGUAUGCAAAUGGCGAUGAGUGGGUGAACGUUGGUGUUGAACAGUGUGAGGCUAGUCUUCACUCCGAAGGAUGGGGUGAAGGUGAGACUUGUUGA